UUUUAUAAAAAUUUCCAAGAUUAAGUAAUGAUUGUUGAGAAAGCAUAGACAACUUUAUAAUGAGUUAUUCCUAGCCAAAUAAUUACAAAAACUGCUGUGAAUAGCUGAUAGGAGAGUCAAUAUAUGAAAAUAAAAAGAGGAAAUAUAGCCUGGUAUGAGAACAGAAUGGUCAGUACAAUUGCUUAUAUGACAGAAACAUGAAAAUAUACUGGAUGUUGUUCUUUUCUUAAAAUAAACUUGCUGGUAGAAACAGUAUUUGAGAUAAUUCCUACCCAUAUAUGCUCUAGGAAAAUGGCCAACAUCAAAUGCUCAGUCUCUUCAAUUCAGGCUAAAAUUGAUUACAUGUUGUUUUCCAUUUUGAGAUAAAGUUGCCUGGGAGAGGUAGUUGGAUUUAGUAAAGUUCUUGCAUGGUCUAUAUUAGGAAUUCAAAUUCCUUCCCAAUGAGAGAUACAUCGCACCUCACCAUAUGUUUCUUUGGGGUGAAAAUUUGCACCCACACAUGAUAACAUGCAUUCCGUGAUGUUUAGUGCACUUCUUGCAUGUACAUGUACUGGGGGUGGGGGGGCAGGAACUACUCCAACUGUUUUGUUUCUUUCUUUUUUCUAUUUCACCAUCUUGGCAGAUUUCACUCAACUGUUUAGUUUCUUGAGAGACACUCCAAACACGCUGUUUGACAUUUCUCCUUGUGUGAUGUUGCUGUGGAGAAAUGAUGUGGGUGAACUGUUCUUUCAACUCCCAUACAUACUCCACCUGGAACUCAGCAUAAAGACAAGGAGGGGUUGGUUUUAAGAGGUACAAAAGACGGGAAGCAUUUGAAGAGGUUCGCUUUUUUUUCUUCUUUGUUCUGGAUUCACUCUGGCUGUAACAUGAUCAGCACUUGCUCUCCUAUAGAGCCAGCAGGUAUUCUGGGACAAAAGCUCAGGUUGAUUGGCCAGAGAAACCUUAUCCUGAAGUCUCGGGCAUAAAGUACUUUACCUCAGUUGCUGUUAGACUGGCGUGAUCCUGAGAUACAUUUGGGCAUAAUUUGGCAUCUGGAUGCUAUAAUUUCCAAAGCUCUGAAAUUGCUCACAGACAACAUGCAGGUGACAUUCUGCAGACUUCGGACUCACCAGUGGUGUUUCAUCCUGUUUAACGUUAUCCUAUUUCAUGCCCUGCUUUUUGGGGCUGAUUUUGUGGAAGAAUACUUUCUGCAUGCAUUGCCUUAUGUAAAUAUGAAAGUUCUUGAAAUUAAGGAUAAGGCAAGAAAAUUGAACAUGGAGCCCCUAAGAAGUAAUCUUUCCAGAUAUUAUAUCUUGAGCCAGUCGGAAGUGUGUAAAGGGAAGAAUAUAUUUCUGCUCUCUCUCAUCUUCAGUAGCCCCGGAAAUGAAACAAGACGGGACCUCAUCAGGAAAACCUGGGGUAACCUGACCAGUGUCCGAGGGCACCCCAUUCUCACACUGUUUGCUCUGGGAAUGCCUAUUUUGGUAACUACCCAGCAAGAGAUAGACAAAGAGUCCCAUAAGAAUAAUGACAUAAUUGAAGGAAUCUUCUUGGACAGUGUUGAGAACCAAACCCUGAAGAUCAUCACAAUGACACAGUGGGCUGUGACUUUCUGCCCUAAUGCCCUGUUCAUUCUCAAGGUUGAUGAAGAGAUGUUUGUCAAUCUACCAAGCUUGGUAGACUAUCUUCUCAAUCUGAAAGAACACCUUGAAGAUAUCUAUGUGGGAAGAGUUAUCCAUCAGGAUACACCCAACAGAGACCCUAAUAGCCAAGAAUUUGUCCCUCUUAGCGAGUACCCAGAAAAGUAUUACCCAGAUUACUGCAGUGGUGAGGCCUUUAUUAUGUCCCAAGAUGUGGCUCGGAUGAUGUACGUGGUUUUCAAAGAAGUACCCAUGAUAGUGCCUGCUGAUGUGUUUGUAGGAAUUUGUGCCAAAUCCAUUGGCCUCAUACCCAUCCAUAGUUCAAGGUUUUCUGGGAAAAGGCACAUCAGAUACAACAGAUGCUGCUAUAAGUUCAUCUUCACAUCCUCAGAAACUACAGAUACCGAAAUGCCCCUGGCAUGGAAGGAAAUUAACGAUGGGAAAGAAUGCACACUGUUUGAGACUUACUCCGGGCUCAUUUCCUGCAAACUUCUGACAUACCUUGACAGCUUUAAACAUUUUCACAUUAGUACCAUAAAAAACAAUGCCAUGUAUUUUGGUGAUUAGGAUUUCUUUGUUUUUCUUAUGAGUGCUUUUUAAAUUACCUCCUACCUUGUUAUAGAAAGCAUCCCUCCUUCCUUGUGUUUUAUGUAGGUUUUUUUUUGGUUUGGUUUGGUUUUUUUAAUGCUGGCUGUUGAAUGGCAGGGAGAUUUUAUUUUUUGUUCUGAUGUUUUAUGUAGUUUUAAUCAUUCUCAGAAACCUGCAGUGUUCUUAGUGCCCUGAUGUACUACAUCAUAUUGAAAUCUCAUUUUAAGACAUUUAAGUUGGUGUAAGAUGCUUUUCAAAAUAAAACAUCUCACUCAGAAGAGAGGACAUUAAUUAUAACCAAAAGUCUUGUUUCUGUUUACAACUAGUGAAUUUAAAAAAAAAAUCACAUUCUAUGGCAAUGUCAUGACUCAGUGAUAGCCAUGGUGGCUAAUUUUUGAGAAUGCUGAGAAUGAAAGAAACACCACUAAAUAAGGAAUUUGUUUAACAACGUAUUCAUCUUGUCUGCAAGCAGGAAACAUUUUAGUACUCUGGGUGGUGGA